AUGGCAGGUCCAAAUUCACCAGAAAUAUUAGCCACACAAAUUUUAGGAAAUGUUUUUAUAGCGUGUAUAGUAUUAUCAAAUGUUCCAUAUUUUUAUAAAAUUGAGAAAACAAGAGAUGUUGGACAAUUUAAUAUUUAUCCAUUUGUUUUUAUGAUUGGUCAAGCAAUGAUGUGGGUUGUAUAUUCAAUGAUAUGUGAUAUUGAAGGUAUUGUACCAGUGAAUACAUUUGGAAUGUUAUUCGAUUUAGCUUUUAUUUUAAUUUUUAUUAGUGCUUGUAAAGAUUUAGCAGUAAAAAGAAAAGUUAUGGUUUCAUUAAUGAUUGAACUAAUAGUUUUAGUUUCAUUUGUUGCAAUUGUGGUUUUUCAAGCACCAAAAGAUAUGCAUCAAAAAAUUCUUGGUUGGGCAACUUCAAUUUUAUUAGUUGCAUUCUUUUUUUCACCAGUUUUAAAUUUUUAUCCAAUGUUUAAACAAAGAACAACAGGAUCAUUAUCAUUACCAUUAUCAAUAACAUCAAUUUUAGCAGGUGUUGCAUUUGGUUUAUAUGGUGUUUUUUUAAAAGAUAAUUUUAUAUCAAUUUCAAAUUUUAGUGGUUGUGUUUCUGGAAUUAUUCAAAUUGGAUUUUAUUAUUUAAUGAAACUUGUUAUUAGAAUAUCACCUCCAAAAAAAGAUUCAAAAAAUAUUUAUAAUGAUAAUAUUGAUAAAGAUAAUAAAUUUUGUUAUCAUCAUCCAUCUCAAGAAUUAUUAUUAUUUUGUGAAGAUUGUAAAGAAAAAGCUUGCUAUAAUUGUGUUGUUGGUAAAAAUAAUCAUCGUGGUCAUAAUUUAGAUUUAUUAAAAAUUAAUGAUAAUAGUGAAAUUGAAAAUAAUACUGAAGAAAAAGAAAAAGAAAAAAAAGAAAAAAAAAAAGAAAUUGAAGAGAAAAAAGAAAUUGAAGAGAAAAAAGAAAUUGAAAAGAAACAAAGUCAACAAAAUAAUAAUAAAGAUUUUGAAUUAGAUGUAGAUUCAAAUGUUUAA